CCCGCCGUGCCCGCUGCUGCCGCUCCAGCAGGGCAGGACGGGGCGUAGCAAGGCUGCCGAGUAACUGGUGGAGAGGUCUGUGAGGCAGGGGUGCCGAUGGCAGGAAGCUGAAGCCAGGCGGGAGAUGCUGGGUGUCUGUGCCGAGUCAGAAGGCUGUGGGGACACUGGUGAACACCAUCACCGUGGUCAGGCUUUAUUUUCCAAAGCUUAGGCUACGGCUGCUAAGUGCACAAUGAGCAGGCCACAGCUCAGUCCUUCCUAUCAUACGUGGUGUCCAGCCCGGGUAACACAGGAUUCAGGGAGAUCCAGUGGAUCUAUACAUGUGCAUUUCUUUAAACCCUUCUUGCCGAACAUUUCAAGGGAUGGAGUAGUAAUUUCACUGGAGUAAUCCCAAAGACACUGGUGGUGGGGGGAACCCCUAUUGUAAAUUGUCUUUUAACUUGUACCUUUAUUACUUCAGGCACUAAUCACAUUCCAGCCCACAGAGUAGAGUGCUCAGGCCACAGGGCUUACGCCGCUGAAGUUGUGCUGGAAUCCAGUUACUCCUCUCGGAUGUUGAUCUGUUUGUCCUCCCAAAGUCCUUUAUUUCUGUGAACUCCUACAGGGAGUCUCUCAUAUGCUGUGACCUUUGGUUCCUCAUCAGCUUAAUAAUUCCAUGUCCUAUCCUUUACCAGGUAGCUAAGUCUUACUUAGAUUUGAGUGUUGAUUCAUGUUGGCUGUCUACAGUGAGAACUAAGGACAUUUUGCAGGAUAAAAUACAAAAGACAUUAAAACAACAGAUGAUAUAUACAAAAUACAGUAUUUUGGCCUUAGUAAUUCUCCUUGUAAAUUCUGCAAAGUAGUGCUUCAUGGUACAAGACUCUACUCUUAGAAAAAAAUAGAGCUGUGGGUAAUACACAAUGAAAUAAAGAGCAUAAUCAGCUCUUGUAGUUAUAAAAGCUUUGCCAGUGGGAAUCAGAAUUGAACAUCUGUGAACAUGCAUGGAAAUAAGUGCAAAAUCAGCACCGUAAGUGGGUGCUACAGGAGAUCACAGCAUGGUAGGAAAGUCAGAUUUUAAGAAAAGAGAUGUUGCCCACUUUGACACUUUUAACAGCUGUGACAGACUUCUCAAAUAAGGGAGAUAAAAUUUUAAGACUUACUUUUGAUAGACUGAUUACAAAAUCUACAGGGGAGGUUAAAUUAAAUGGAAACUUUCAUUUCAUGGCUUAGGGAAUUAGGAGAGUAAAAUAAUUCACCGAGGAAAUGAAAACACUAGAGCACUCUUCAGAAAUUUACUCAGUCAUUGGAAAGAGCUUUGAAGUGAAUUUUAAAAAUCCUUCAGAAAUUGCCUAGUUUAAAAAGAGAAUAUUUUAAUUUUUUGUGGGUUUGUUAAUAUGUACCUUUAUUAUUACUGUUAUAGCAUGGCCAGUGCUACAACCACUUCUUCACAGUUUAUUCCCACAGCAGGAUAAAGAGUGCAAAGAUCUUGGAAGAUGGAUCCUGAAAUACAGAAAAUGAGGGAAGUUGUCCUUGUCUACCUUGACAGAAGUGGUGGCCUUCAGAAAUUUGUGCAUGAUUGCAAAAAAUAUAAUGACUCAAAACAAAGUUAUGCUGUUUAUCGUUUCAUUAUUUCAAUUAAUCCUUCUGACAUUGCUGAAUUAGAUGCAACUCUUGGAAACUAUAUUCUUCAUAAUCCCCUACAAGCUGCACAGAUUUUUCAGUCAGUAUGCUUCGUAGCUAUUAAGACAUUAUCAUUAAUUGAACAAUUGCAGACAGAAGCCCAGAUCAGUAUAUUGCUGAAACCAACACAUUUGCCACCUUUACCAAGUUAUGUUCUGAGUCUUUCUACAUAUCCGUUUAAUUACACAUCUCAAAGAUUUUACAUGUCUGAAGGGAUAGUGAUUGCAAUGGGAACUGUAACAAAAUACACACAAGGAGCAAGAUUUCUCUGUACUGAGGAAACCUGUCCAUUCUCUGAAGGGUUUAGGUGCAUCAGAGUGCAUUGUCCUGGAGCUACAGAGUCUGCUACAGUGAGGACUGAUUUUGUGUGUAGCUUGUGUUCUUCACCACUGCAGGAAGACAUGAAAUUUAGAGUACUUGGUGAUAAACAAAUAGUUGAAAUGAUUGAUGCUAAAAUUCUGAAUGCUUUGAAAGGAUAUUCCACUGAUAAAUCCCAUUUUAGGAUUCAGGCAUUUACAUUGUUCUUAAGAGAUGAACUGGCCAAUAAAAUGACAAUAGGAAACCACUACAGGAUUAUAGGAAUUCCAGCUUGUGUACAGAAUGGCCUACAAGUGACUGCAUGUAUAGAAGUCAAUAGUGUACAGCUCUAUAAACCAAAUGGUCCUUCUUCUGUCAGUGACAAUUUUAAGUAUCUGCUCUCACUGACUUCAAGUUCAUGCUGGAGGUUUACUGCUGUCCUGGCCAACAUCUUUGCUUCUCAAGUUGUUCCACCAGGAACUUACAAUACUCUUAAACUUGCAAUAUUGCUGAGUCUAGUACAGACAUCUGAAAAAGAAAAUGCAGAUUAUCUGGAUCUCUUGAUUAUGACAAGUGACACACUAGUAAUUGACAGGCUUCUGAAUUACAGCUUAUGUCUUCUGCCUCGUGGCAUACGACACCCACCUUCCAGUGACAUUUUUCCUUCUGUGUCCAAAGAUAAACACGGAACUGGAAGUGCCAGCAUUCAAGCCUGCACUGCUGUGCUGGCCAAGGGUGGCAUCUGUUACAUAGGAGACUUAAGUUCAUACAAAAAGGAUAAACUUGAACUUCUACAGUCUGUGCUAGAGAGCAGAACAACAACAGUAUUUAUUCCUGGGAAGAAGUAUGGAGAAGAGGCUGACCAACAAGUUACUGUUUCAGUUCAGACCAACUUUUGGUCCUUUGUAGAUGUGGAUUCUUCCUCAAAGAAACAUAUACAAAAGGAGAACUUUCUAAUUGGACAGAUGGAUGUGAGUUUGAUUCCAGUUAACCUUGUAGAUGGUUUUGGACUCUUGAUCUACAGUGAGCUUCCUUCCUGUCGCCUGUCUUCUCCUGUUGUACAUCAUAUCUUGAAAAAAGCCAUUAAUCCUGAAGCUGUGCUGUACAAAGUCUCACAGCAGUUCAGAACACAGGAUUAUGAGGAGUUUAUUUUGUUUGCUAGGAAUCUUCCUGUUGUACUGAGGUCAGAAGCAGAAAGUCUCAUUCAGGGCUAUUAUCUUGCAAGUCGCAGGGUGAGAAGAGAUUCCAUUCAUGGAUCAACAUUAUCAGCCUCUGCACUCAAAAUUCUGAUUUCACUGGCUAAGGCUCAUGCCAAGCUCAGUUUAAGACAGACAGUACUUGAGGAAGAUGCACUGAUUGCCAUCUUGUUACUUGAGUCAUCGCUGACCCUAAAACACGGCACAUCUGCAUUAUGUGUAGCACCAAAUCCUGUAUUUCCAUUUGACCUCAGUGAUGAAAACUCGCUGCAACAGAGAGAUAUUUACCUGAUGCAGUGUCACCAUCAACUGCUGAAGUUUAUUGCUGCCUAUAGCCCAGGAAUUCACAUUAACACUCAUGAAGAGUAAAAACUCCACUCUAAGAAAAGCCCGAGGCUUUGGCUUUUUGAGAGGCUAGUUAGAAAUACAAAAUUACUAAAAACUUACAAGACAGUUCAGUGAUGUUUUACCAAGGAACAAAGCAUAGCUAACCAGACUUGAAUUACAAGUUUUGUGAGUAACUUGAAGGCAGGAGGGAUGUCUUCCUUCUGGAAAGCCAUGGCCAUACAUGGCUAACCAGAACUUCUCUUCCUGGCUACCACUCUCCAUUCACAGUUAAGCAAGGAGUAAUUUAGGGUUCAGGAUAAGACUACAACUAAAAAUUAAAUCAUCAGUUCAGAAUCUAAUAUUUUAUUUCAGCUACCUGAAUUCUGCAGUUUUUCUUGUUGCUUCCUUUCAAAUGUAUCACCCAAAGGGUUAAGGUGUUUUAAGAACAAUAAAACUCUUCAUAGUUUAAGUCAGCAGUCUGUACUUACUCAUGAUGUAUUGAAAGAUAUAAAAGUAAUAUCAUACUGAUUCAUGUUGUGUCUUUUUUUACAUUACAGAAACAUGAGAUUAGACAAGACUGCCACAAAAACCCAAACAAAACAAAAAAAAAAGCCCGCAAAACAAACAAACCACAAAAGAAACCCACCAACCUGCAAAACCCAGUGUUUCCACAUUAUUUUACAUAGACUGCGGGGGUCUACAGUUAGGUAAAAGAAUAUUCGAUAACCUGGUAGGCAGGUAGCUAAAUGAGUUCAACUCUACCUCACUGCAAAAACAAUGAAGAAUGCAUGGUAGGAGACAAGGUGUUUGGAGCACAGUAUGCUUCCCCAGCUAUGGGCUUUCCUGUGUUUCAUCUUCCUAGUAAGGAUACAGCACUAGACAGAAUCCUUAGCAAGCCUUGCUUCUGAGAGAUACAUGUUAAAUAAAAAAAGGCUGCAGUAAAAUUGUACAGACUUUCUGUCAAAUCUGGACAAGCUGCUUACUUAAGGCUUGUGUUACUCCUACCCAGGAUAUCAACCAGAGUUGAUACUGCUACUGCUCCCAUAGCAUCAACAAAAAAAGAAGUUACUGAAAACAGAAAUCCAAGAUUUUAUUCAUACUGUAAACACUCAUUUAAACAACACACAUUUUCCCACAUUUUUACUUUUGCCUUAUUCACAUUUUGAUCAAUUUAUUUGACACACUCAAAAAUUCAUACUAAGUUUAAGACUGCCCAUAAGGCCACUUCUUCUGGAGUGACACUCUACCCUGAACUUCAUUCCAGGAUUAUUCAUUUUCAGUGAACACAUACUCCACGGCCAUAAUAUGGAACCAAGCAGUAUUUCUGGUGAGCAGGAAGGGCAAUGGAAGCAUUUCUAAGUGCAUUAGAACGCCACAUUCCAGGCUGCUGCUUUCAAGCUAAGAACAAUAAAAAUAAUGAGUUAGUUUCCUGUACCCUUAAUAAAUCUUAUAUAAAGGUAUUACCCUCACUGGCAUUUCAGAAUAUCAACAUACACAUCAGAAAACAUUCAGAUGGGUAAACGGCAAAAGUCUCAUCAUUAUGCCAGAAAAAUUAAGUCUUUAAGGGUAGACUGAAAUAGAAUUCCUUUAUAAAUCACUGUUUUUGAGAAGCAAUAUUAAGGGACUUUAUGCACUAAGAGCACUACAUUUUAUCUUUGCUUCUCCCCAGUUUCUUCCAUGAGCUCUUGAAAAUGGGAAGACUUUUGUCAGUACCUCAAGGAUAGGACAGUUGCCAACAUGGCCAGUACAGGCUUUCCCUGGAUGGCAGUACAGCCUGCAGGAGCCUGAGUACUGUGACAGUAAAAAAGCAACUGACCUUCUUCAACACCCACACUUCUACAAGGGGAUGGACUCUCCUGUUGGCUCUGUGUGCACACACAAGGCUGGAGACAGUGGUCAUCUGAUGUCACAGA